AUGGCUACCCUGCUUAUCACCUUUGGUGCUCUUGCUCUGGCUCAAGUAUUCGACGAUCCUACCAUAACGCCGGCUCCGGCCCCAAGCUCGUCGAAUGUACUGCUAUUCCCUGGCAUCGACGCUAGCGGGCCAUGCAAGAACAUCAUAUGCUACGACUACAUCAACACAUGCUCAAUUAGAUACGGCACCUGCUAUCCGGCCUGCGGCGCACAUGCGAGACCUACUUUUGCCGGUGCAGGUCCAUGUGAAGGUGGCCAAUUCCGCUCAAGCUUCUCGAAAUCCGAGAACAUCGCUACAAGGGCGGUGGACGCAUGCGGCUACAAGUGCGAUUAUCGUACGGACUCAUGCUCCAACACAUUUGGUCCCGGAUGCUAUACCUCCUGCUCUGGUAGCCCGGCACCACUCUUCACAACUCCCGUUUGCGAGACUGCCGCGCCGCCUGUGCGGACUGUUCUGGUCACGCCAGUGCCAGCGGAAAGAACUAUAGCUUUAGCUGUGCCCCUGGAUGCCUUGAACAGGAGGGCCCCUUAUGCCAACGUAACGAGCGUUGCGCCAUUCGCCAAUGUUACGAGCUCUGCGCCCUUUGCGAAUGUCACAAGCUCUGCGCCUUUUGCAAAUCUCACUAGCUCUGCGCCUUUUGCAAAUAUCACGAGCUCUGCGCCUUUUGCGAAUAUCACGAUCUCUGCGCCGUUCGCCAAUGUCACGACUCCCGCGUCCGUCGUCGAUGUCACUAGCUCUGCACCUUUCUUCGAAGUCACUAGCUCUGAACCCGCUGAAAGCUACUUACCAGACGAAAUACCCGAGGGAGGCGCGACAAUCGGGGCACAGUUGGCAACAAUGCAGUCUCAAGUCUAUGGCUAUCUUCCGGUAGCUGAUAUCAUGGACUCUCCAGCUACUGAGGCAAAUCAGGAUCCAAUCGCAGUCGCUACACCUGCUUUCACGGACACGACCACUACUGCAGAUUAUGAGUCAAUGAGUACUACAGCAGCUGCGAUCUCUCUCGAUUCGCAGUCGCUUAGUUCCACCAGCUUCUCGUCAGAACUCGUCUCCUCGUCUGACGUAGCGUCGUCGUCGUCGUCGUUGGAGGCUCUUCCUUCAAGCGGAAUGGCGUCGACGUCAGAAUCGGCUUUCUCGACUGAGAUUACAUCAACGACAGAAUCAGCUUCCUCGACUGAGAUUACAUCGACGACAGAAUCAGCUGUCUCGACUGAGAUUAUAUCAACGACAGAAUCAGCUUCCUCGAUCGAUGUAGCCAGCUCAACGGCAGCAACGGCUCUCAGCAUCCCGCAGACUUUGUAA